AGGGCGGGGAGACGCCGACCGCCGGCUCGGAGUACUGAGUACGGCGACAAACAGGUGGUCAGAAGCGCUCACUUAAACCAGUCCCCAGCAUGGGGAAGAGGUGAAGAAUCCCACCGUGCACCGCCACUCUGAAGACGCAGUAGACGUUUAAUGCACAGCGGAGCGGCGCCGAAGGUGCCCGUCCACCUCUAGGGUUUCGGUACGGACCGCAUCGUAAAGUAAGACAUGAAAGUGACAGUGUGCUUCGGGAGGACCCGGGUGGUGGUUCCGUGCGGAGAUGGGAAUAUCAAAGUGCACAGCCUGAUCCAGCAAGCGGCCAUGCGCUACAGGAAGGCGAUCGCCAAGGAGCCCGGUUAUUGGUUGCAGGUUCACCGCCUGGAGCAUGGUGAUGGAGGCAUCCUGGACCUGGACGACGUUCUGUGCGACGUGGCAGACGACAAGGACCGGUUGGUGGCCAUUUACGACGAGCAGGACCCCCACCACGGCGGCGACGGCACCAGCGCCAGCUCAACCGGCACGCAGAGCCCUGACAUGUUUGGCAGCGAGCUGGGAUCAGCCAACAUGUCCGCCCUGCAGCCGUACCAGGUCAACAGCGAGAUCGAGGUCACACCCUCGGCCCUCAAGACCAACAUGCACCUCCGCGUGCGGCGCAGCAGUGACCCUGACAAGCCAGCGGGGUCCCCCUCCCUCAUCGAGGCCCCAGAGGAGCCUUCCCGCAAGAACCCGACGCGCUGGUCCACCACGGCCGGCUUUCUGAAGCAGAACACGGCACCACGGACUGGCAGCCUGGAGCGCAAGGGUAAAGGUCAGGACACGUACCGGAGUCUCCCUCGUGACGGCGGGGGCUGGGCCAAUCAGUUCCAGCGGGAGAACGCACGGUCGUCCCUCAGCGCCAACCACCCCAUGGUGGACCGAUGGCUGGAGCGCCAGGAGCAGGAGGAAGACGUGCGUGAGGAGGAGAAUGGGCGGAUCGAGCCGGUGGGCCGCGCAGAUUCUGGCCAGGAACACACUUCAGUGCUGUCUCUGGAGACACUGGGGCUGCUGGUGAAGCGGCUGGAGAAGGGCGGCAAAGCGCAGCAGGAGCAGCUCUUCCAGGAGAACGACUGCAUUGUGCGCAUCAACAACGGCGACCUGCGCAACAUCCGCUUUGAGCAAGCACAGAACAUGUUCCGUCAGGCCAUGAGGUCGCCUGCCAUCCUCUUCCACGUUGUCCCAGCGGCCAGCAAAGCCGAGUACGAGCGACUCUCCCAAAGUGAGAUGAGUGGCCGUCUGAGCCCCGAUUCACUGGACCACACACCCCAGAGGCUGCUCCCACCGGGGCCCUUCUUCUCUCCGCUACCUCACGCGGGUGCCCCCACCAGCAAGCCCGCUGGCUCCCCCCAGAGGCCGCUCGGCUCUGCACCCUCGUCUGGCUAUACCAAGAAGGUUGGCCGGAGGUUCACCAUGCAGCUGAAGAAAGGUCCAGAAGGCUUGGGCUUCAGCAUCACAUCCCGCGAUGUGCCCAUAGGGGGCACCGCACCCAUCUACGUGAAAAACAUCCUGCCUCGCGGGGCUGCAAUCCAAGAUGGCCGACUGAAAGCAGGCGACCGGCUGCUGGAGGUGAAUGGCGUGGACAUCAACGGGAAGACCCAGGAGGAAGUCGUGGCUUUGCUCCGGGGGACACCGAUGGGCGGGAUGGUGGGGCUGCUGGUCCUCAGACAGGAGGACGCCUUCCUGCCCAGAGAGGUGAGAGCAGAGCCUCCAGAGAUGCAAGGGCCAAGACUUUUGAAAGCCACCGAGGAGGAGCUGGUUCUGACCCCGGAUGGCACCCGGGAGUUCCUCACCUUUGAGGUCCCGCUGAACGAUUCCGGUUCUGCGGGGCUGGGGGUCAGCGUCAAGGGCAACCGAUCCAAGGAGAACCACGCCGAUCUGGGCAUCUUUGUCAAGUCCAUCAUCAAUGGCGGUGCGGCGUGUAAGGAUGGGAGGCUCCGGGUGAACGAUCAGCUGAUUGCGGUGAACGGUGAGUCGCUGCUGUGCAAGACCAACCAGGAUGCCAUGGAGACUCUGCGCAAGUCCAUGUCCACCGAGGGCAACAAGCGGGGCAUGAUCCAGCUCAUCGUUGCCAGGAGGGUCGGCAAACGCAGCGAGCUGGAAGCUUCUGGAACCCACCCUAGGCCGGCAGCCCCCCCAAGCUGCUCAUCACAGGACCGCGAGCGCCGGAUCUCGCAUUCUUUCUACGGAGAGGGGCAGGAUGAGGGCAUGGCGGCACGCGCUGCAGCGAUGGCUCGGAUGAUAGGUAACUAUCAGCUUUCCCCCACUGUAAACAUGCCCCAGGAUGAUAUGGUCAUCAUCGAGGAUGAUAGGCUGCCUGGACUGCCCAUCCACCUGUCCGAUCAGUCGUCUUCCAGCUCCCAUGAUGAAAUGGGCUUCACCAUGGGCAAUCCCAUCUCCUGGCCAAAAGACAUACUGCUGCAGAAUGAGUGUUCCCUGAGUCCUGACGUGGACCCUGAUGCCGUCUUUCAGAGGGAGGGCUUCGGCCGCCAGAGCAUGUCAGAGAAGCGGACCAAGCACUUCGGAGACACCUCCCACCUGGAGCUCAUGAAGACCCGCAAGUCUAAGAGCAUGGACCUCGUCGCGGACGAGAUUAACCUCACGCCCCGCUCAGAGGAGAUCCCAGGCUCUCCGACAAGAGAUGUGGGCCCGUCUCUAGGCCUCAAAAAGUCCAGCUCCCUGGAGAGCCUGCAGACAGCCGUCGCUGAGGUCAUAUCGAAUGGCGACGUCCCAUUCCACAGGCCGCGGCCGCCCAUCAUCCGCGGCAGGGUCUGCAAUGAGAGCUUCAGGGCCGCCAUCGACAAGUCAUACGACCGGCCGGCCGCCGACGAGGAUGACGAGGGUAUGGAGACACUGGAGGAGGACACCGAGGAGAGCUCCCGCUCCGGCCGGGACUCCGUAUCCACCUCCACCGACCUGCAGCUGCCGUCCGGGGAGUGGCCCGGCGGUGACAGGACGAGUGACGGGGGGAGCCGGGCCAGGGAGGAGAGGAAGAAGGACAAGUCGCUGAAGGACAAGAGGAAGUCAGAGAGGGACAAAGAGAAGGAGAAGGAGAAGGAGAAGAGCAAGGCUAAGAAGGGCAUGCUGAAGGGCUUGGGAGACAUGUUCAGGUUUGGAAAGCACCGGAAAGAUGAGCGGCCAGAUGAGCGAGGCGGAGUGGAACGCAAGGCAUCCAGCAAAUCGAAGGUGGAGGAGACGCAGGUGUCGCACGAGGAGGCGCGGCGGAUGAAAAUGGAGAAGGAGAGAAUCCAGGCCAAAACGCGGGAGAUCCGGGAGAGACAGGCGCGGGAGCGCGAGUACGCCGAGAUCCAGGACCUGAGCCUGGUGUCUGGUUCCGAGGAGGAGCACCUGUACGCGGGCAUCGGCUCUAUCGCCUCCUUCGACUCCUCGCUGGACAGCGGCCACAGCCUGUCCCUGUACAACCAGCCACGGGGGCCUGGAGACGACAAGCAGGCCGCGGAGUCGCUGUACGCCCAGGUCAACAAGUCCCGCAACGGACUCCCUCCCUCCGGUGACAGCCGGCCGGCCCCCAGCAACCACGACCGGAUACAGAGGCUCCGACAUGAGUUCCAGCAGUCCCAGCAGGACGAGGACUCGGACCUGCGGCGCCGCACCUACAGCUUCGAGCAGCCCUGGCCCGCUGCUGACCCCUUUGCACCCACUGGCCGGCACUCCGUGUCUCUGGAGGUGCAGAUGCAGCGGCAGCGGCAGGACGAUGAGGAGUCCUUCCAGCAGGCCCAGAGACAGUACAGCUCACUGCCCAGGUAAGGCCCUAGAACCUGCUCCUUCAGCAUCAGAGCUUUGUGGAAGUCUUAUUUGUGUGAUCUCGCUUGCUUCGAUGGGUGUUAGCAGUUGGUAAUAUGGGCUGGUUGCCCACUGGGAGUUUCAAGUGAGUCCGGGUGAAGUCCAUGACCCAUGGGGAGGGUCACGGCCCCCCCUGGAAACAGCCCCCGGUCGCCUCUCGCUCGGUCUCUCCGGCGGUUUGUGUCAGGUUCCGCUUCGCCUGUUCGGCAUCGCUUCAGCUGGGGAAAAGUUCUGGAUUAAAAUUCCUGCAACAUCUCGAAAAUCACCGGCGUAAAAAUGUCAGUGUCUCCGGGACGACGGCGCGUGCCUCCCCCACUGCAGCGUGACAUCCCGCGAACAUCUGCUCUCCUCUUUUGUUGGAAAUGUCAGCGCAGCCUGUCUGGGAUCGCGAGGUCCCCAGCACGCCGUGCGCUACCACUGCCAGACUCAAGCCUGUUUGUUUAUUUUUGCCGUCUGUGAUACAGUUCUAGGUUUGGUGACUAUGUGGCGUGGGCGGGUGAAUGGAUUUUGCUCAUGUUAAUGAAUGAGGACCACCGUGAACCCGUCCCCCCCCCCCCGACUAGACACUUAGUGAUGUGCGGUUCAGCAGGUUAAGUCACUGUGCCUUUGACUGGAAGGUCACCAGUUGAAAUCCCAGGGUCAGCAGAGUGUUUUCACCCUCAUGUCCCUGAGUGAGGCCCUUAAACCCCAAUUACUCCAGGGAUUGUCUGACUGUUUUCUUCAAAAACAUCGCUUUUAGAUAAAAGCAUCUGCUAAAUAAAUAAAAUGUAAAUGUUAGACACGUCGCAUGACAAGAAAGAGCCAGGAUGUCACAUUAAUUUCUCCCCUGGAAGAGAUCUGCUCUGCAUUUUGAAUGCAUGAACAAAGGAAUCCGUCUGGUCCAAUUGGACACACUGCUGUAGACCAACCCUUCCCAGCUUCAUCUUGUCCCAAUAGACAAGCUAUUCCUGGUGGGGGUGCUAUGCGUGUUGAAAAGCCCCGACAGCACUAGAGGAGCGAUGACAGAGGCCCUCGUGCGAAUCCUGCCCUUCACACGUGCUCUCCCGUGCAAUGGGGCCCUCGUGUCGAUCCCCGAUGCAGCCUGCCAGUGUUUUUUCUCAGAGAUCCUAGACACAGGAUGUGCGAGUCGUCUUUCGGAUAAUAUCAUCUUCACCAUCUGUGUCGGGAGGUAAGCGUAGUCACUAAGGCUGAAGAUCUCCCCACACCAACUUCCUGACUUUAAUCGUCAUGUGCAGUCAUUCUUAAUUUAAGCUGUGUCCGUUGUGAAGUAACGUUGGUUUUAAUUAACUUUAAGUCAGCCUCCAUGUAAUUAUUAAUCUUGGCUUUAAAAAUAAAAAGGUAAGGAAACAUCCCUCUGCGACCCAGAAUAGGACAAGCGAAUACAGAAAAUAGAUGGAUGGAAAUAUCCCAAGAAUUAAAGAGCAGAUUGAUGUGCUUCUCACUUCCAUGACGUGGUGUUUUUAUUCGUGGGAUUCUCAGUUUCGUUUUAAGGAUGAGGAUGUAGGGGCUAAGGGCUCGCUGUGCCCUUAAGGGGCUCUAAGUUUCUUCGGAGCACCUGCAUUUGACUGUCUGGGCCGUGGGGGACGGACAAGUUAGAAGACUGCCCCCGGUGGAUGGAGGAGGCUUCACACCCACAUGCUCUUAUCUGUGUGAAACUGCAUGUGAACUCUGUUUGCUAGUCUAUGGAAGCUUAGAGGCUGAUCUCCGCUACACCAGUCUAUUACUGGACUGAACUUGGACUGGCUUUCCAGUCUCCUGGUUCGUUGGUAUUAGCAGCCCAUUGGAGGAAUCACAUGCUGUGACCUUUUCCUAUGCCCGCGGAGGUCGCCACAGCAAUUGCAUCAAGCAGUGAGCGCACUGCAUGCGACUACACUGCAUGGCAACCGCAUCACACAAUGAAUGCACCACAUGGCGACCGCAUCACACGGCAACCAUACGGCAUGGGGACCACAUCACACAGUGAUUGCCCCGCACAGCGACCACAGUGCACGGCGACCCGCACCUCAUGACAACCACACUGCAUGGUGACUGCAUUGCAUGGCAACCACACUGCAUGGUGACUGCAUUGCAUGGCAACCACACUGCAUGGCGAUCACAUCACACAGCAACCGCAUUGCGUGGCAACUGCAUUACACAGUGACUGCACUGUAUGGCAGCUGCAUCACACCUUGACUGCACCAUGUGGCAACCGCUCUGCUUUGCUGUGUUUCCUUUCACCGGCGCAUCAAUCUUGCAUGAGGGGAGUCUGUGCAGAGGAAAAUUUAUGAUUGUACCAUGUGAGUCUGUG